AUGAGCAGCGCACAUGGUAGCUAUACUACUCAAAACAAGCUGCCCGCGGACUUUGCCUGGGGAUUUGCAACAGCGAGUUACCAGAUUGAAGGUGCCUACGACGAAGACGGCAGACUUCCGUCCAUCUGGGAUACUUUCAGCAAGACCCCUGGCAAGGUCGAGGAUGGCACCAACGGCGACGUAGCGUGUGAUUCGUAUCACCGCACACAUGAAGAUAUAAAAAUACUGAAACAAUACGGUGCUCAGGUAUACCGCUUCUCGCUGUCAUGGUCACGAAUCAUCCCUCUGGGUGGCCGAAAUGACCCCGUCAACGCAAAGGGCUUAGAAUUCUACUCGAAGUUCAUCGACGACCUUAACGCCGCCGGAAUCGAGCCAGUAAUCACACUUUACCAUUGGGAUCUUCCAGAUGAGCUUUUGGAAAGAUACGGCGGCGCGCUCAAUCAGGAAGAGUUUGUGGCUGAUUAUGCAAACUAUGCACGUAUCGUCUUCAAGUCAUUUGGCCACAAGGUGAAGCGCUGGAUCACGUUCAAUGAGCCCUGGUGUAGCUCUGUGCUCGGGUACAACACCGGCAAGCAUGCUCCUGGAAGAACAAGUGAUCGGACCAAGAACCCCGUUGGUGAUGGCGCGCGAGAACCCUGGAUUGUAGGAAAGACUCUACUGAUCGCCCAUGGCACUGCUGUGGACAUCUUCCGAAAAGAAAUCAAGCCCACGCAUGGCGGAGAGAUCGGCAUUACCCUAAACGGCGACUGGGCCGAACCAUGGGACCCAGAAGACCCGGCCGAUAUCGAAGCCUCUGAGCGAAAAAUUGAAUUUGCCAUUUCGUGGUUUGCGGAUCCAAUCUACCAUGGCAAAUACCCGGAUAGCAUGGUCAAACAACUAGGCGACCGUCUCCCAGCCUUCACCCCGGAAGAAAUUGCACUUGUAAAAGGCAGCAAUGACUUUUACGGCAUGAACCACUACUGCGCAAACUACAUCCGCCAUCGCGAAGGAGAGCCAGAACCCGACGACGCUGCCGGAAACCUUGACCACCUGUUCGAGGACAAAUUCGGCAACCCAAUCGGGCCCGAGACCAACUGCGAAUGGCUUCGACCGAACGCGAUAGGCUUUAGAAAACUGUUGAAAUGGCUAUCUGAUCGCUAUGGUUAUCCGAAGAUUUACGUUACGGAGAACGGCACCAGCAUCAAGGGUGAAAACGACCUGCCGUUGGAGGAGCUUCUCAAAGAUGAUUUUAGGGUUCAGUAUUAUAGCGACUACAUCGGGGCCAUGGCUGAUGCAUCGGCUAUCGAUGGUGUCAAUGUCAAGAUGUACAUGGCUUGGAGUCUGCUGGACAACUACGAAUGGUCCGAGGGAUAUCAGACUCGAUUUGGAGUAACGUUUGUCGAUUACGAGAAUGGGCAGAAGAGAAUUCCCAAGAAGAGUGCCCUCACUCUGGGAGAAAUCUUCAACAAUCACGUUUCGAAAGAGUGA